AUGACCAACCAUUCAUCCGUCCAUCCGACCAGCUGGCAGACCGACCAACCGGCUGUGGCUUCCAUUACAGAAGGUGAAGAAUCACCACUUGCCGAUUGCUUGCAAGUGUUCUUGCUCCUCUGGUUCACUGUUCCUAUUCAUUCGCGCACGUGUGUGUGUGUCUUCUACAAAAUCCAGGUGAGAAGCACAGGGAAGACUUUAUCAACUUAGAACUUUGCUCCUUGUGUGGGUGCCAAUGAGGAGAAAUGAACCAGGGUAGAGAAACAUCACUACCCUCUCUAUUGUCAGUGGUAUUAUGAAAUGAUUAAUUAA